AUGGCAAUGCCCUCCAUGACUCGUACCAAGAAGACUGGAGACCGUGACCACGUCGGGCUCGCCAACGGCACUGCUGCUCCUGAAGAGCACCUCCCUCGCUACUUCGGCAAAGCCGGGUACUCCGGCAACGACCCGGCUACCACCAAGAAGCAGGGCGGAGGCAAAGGCAACUGGGGCCGCAGCGGAGUCUCGGAGCUCGAGGACUACGACUACAACCCGGCCAAGCCGCGCCGUCGCACCAACAGCUUCUCCCAGGCUGCGGGCCACUCGGCCCUCAAGACCAAGUUCGAGGCUCUUGACCCGGAGGUCAUUGAGUACGAAGAAGAUGUCCAUGGUCCAUCUCAAGGUGAUCUCGCCGAUCACAAUGAGCUUGAGAAGAUGAGUACCUCCUCUUCUGCUGACACCAUGGGUUCGGUCGAUGAGGAGGAGAUGGCUGGCACUGUCACUUCCGCCGGUGUCGAAGAGAAAAAGUAA